UCUGAAGAGCAACAGUAAUAAAUUUCGUUUGGUAAGAUUGGUCACACCCGGUGUGAGCAGUGCGAUUACUAUCGUUUGUGGUUUUUAAGAGGAUUGGUCGUGUAUUCGGUGCAUAUCAAGAUGGACACAAAUGAGCUUGAACUAUCCGUUUUCCCGGAGGAACUGUGCCGCACUUGCCUGGCUGCGGUAGAUCGCACGCAGCUGAAACCAAUAUUUUGUAACGAAAUUUUAGACGGCAGAAUUGUGCCGUUUCCAAAAGUAGUGGAGCUUACCGUAGGAGAACAGCUUGUAAAACAUGAAAAGCUUCCGAGUAACGUCUGCAUGGAAUGCAAGGCAAAAAUGCGUGAACUUUACAUCUUUGUCGAGAAGGUUCGCAAAUCGUCCAAUCUGUUAUACGAAAUUUUCUCCGUUGACAAGCCAGUUCCAUCGCAAAUCGUUCGGAAACAGCCUAACACAAAAACUACGGAAGUACAAACGGAUUUCAUAUAUAUGGAAAACGAAUCAUCACCUCCCCCUGCCGUUAUGGUCGAGAAUGGAACACAAUCUGAUUGGAAAAUGCCUAUAUUCUCCGAAGCUUCCUGCCAAACGGAUUCCUUCACGGAAAUGCAAAAAGUUGGGUCACAAAGUAAUAUAGCGAAAAGCACUACUGCAGUCUUGACAACUGUAGAGCAAGUGUCCCCCCUCACGGAACCAGUAAUCGAGUCGAUAAAAGACAAUAUCAUUACGGACGAUGAGACCACCCUAGAAAACGAAGUUGAGAUGAUUUUGGUCGCCGAAGAUCCGACAGAAGAGGAAUGCCUCUCACUAAGCACAAUAGCUUUGAACAAAAAACGCAGCAAGCGAUCUCAAAUGAAAAAACCUCUCAAGCCGGUUGUGAAUAUGAGCAAAAACUCUACGUCGAAAAAUCAACAACAUACACAAUACUGCGAAUAUUGUAAUCUUAACUAUCAUUCGGCAAGUUUCGCACAGCAUAUCGCGGUUCAUCGUAAAACGCUAGAACUAUGUUUAGAAUCGAUAGAUUACUAUCGGUGCCCGAUAUGUUUCGUGGUAUUCAUUUCCCAGCAGCAAUUCGAUGAUCAUUUCACCGCAGAUUGUGCACCGGUACAGCCGGAAGAAUUUUCCGAGCAUUCCGACGUAAACAGACAUGAGUUAUUGUACGGCAAGGGUUUGGACGUGUGCGUUCCAAAGCUCAAAACAUUUAAAUUGUCCGUUGAGGACCUUCGCUAUCGAUGCAUCAGAUGCCCGCAGCGCACGGAAUGUUUCGAGGAAAUGCGUAGUCACGUACAGGUCCACGAUGUUGAAGACGAUGGGGUGGAAAAUGUGGAUUCGCUUUGGAAGGAAAAUAAUCUGGACAAGGUUCACGUAUGUGGCAUGUGCCAAGCGCAGUUUCCCGAUGCGCUGUACAUACGCCAGCAUCUCUAUUUCCAUCAAGCUACGUUCUUUUGUCCGUACGAUUGUCCCAUGUCGUGUGAUAAAUUCCUAAACCUCACCAAACAUAUCCAGCGAAUUCAUCUGCAGAAAAUAAAGGGCACCACGUUGGCGGACGAGCUGCCGGAUGCGAAGCCGGGCACCAUGCCAGACGAGAUCCCGGUUAAGUUCUCGUGUAGUCAAUGUGGACGAAUCUUUCCUGAUCUGGAUGCAUUAGAGAUGCACGUGGCAAAACACUAUCGUGAACGUAAGUUCGUGUGCAGCGUGUGCAAGAAGCAUUUCGCUCAAAAAAGUGAUCUAACAACGCACGAACGAAUUCACACAAAUGAGCGCCCCUAUCCAUGCGAGGUCUGUGGUAAAUCGUUUCGCACGACCAGCCACCGGCGGGAUCAUAUGUCCACACAUGAAGUCGUAAAUAAGUAUGAAUGCGAUGUGUGCCAAAAACUGUUCAAGGCGGAACGCAUUCUGAUAGGUCACAAACGCCUACACACUGGCGAAAAACCAUUCAGUUGCAUGGUAUGCCUUAAAUCGUUUUCUCGCAAGCACCAUCUCAAACUGCAUUUGAAAGUACACGGAGAUUCAGCAGAAGCAAGAGCGGCUUUGAAAUGAAUUACUUUAAAGCAACAACCUUCUUUUUCUUGGCGUAAUGAUCGUCUUCGGUCAUGCCUGGCCCACUGGGAGCUUACUACACUUUUUACCUUCGUGUAUGUGGAUAUUUUUUUUUUAAUUUUUUUUUAUAUUAUAACUCAUGCAAUAUGUUUUCUUGUAUUCUUUAUCAAAUAUUGCAACUCUGAAGUACAGUGAAACACUAACGUCCGUACAAAGUGUAUGGAUUUUUCCGGUUACGCACUUGUAAAUCGAUAUAUAUAUAGAUGAAAAUUAUCAUCAUUCGUUCACUAAGUAUCUUAAUCUUUUAACGUAGAGAAGUUUCUUGAUCGAGUAUAAAUGUAGUUCAUGUCCUUUCAUUUAAAAGUUACUCAUAAGUAAUUCCCCAUAAUUUGCGUAGAUAUGAUAAAUAAAAGGGUAGA